CUCACGUAUGAUCGCUUAAAAAGAGUGGGAAGAGGAAACGGUGGUAUGGCACAUUGGACAACACUGAGGUGACCGUCAACUGUGAACAUCUUCAAAGUGAAGUCUCGUGAGAUGCCAGAGUUCGUGUCAGGAUCCUCUGAGAUAACAUGGCGUUGUUGUUGCCAUCACCUGUGCUUCUAGCUCUUGUUUUCCUCUCAGUAGAAGUGACACUCUGCACAGGAAGUAAUAAAUGUGUCGCCAGAAGCUUUGGCCAUGACUCUGUAGUGUGUGAGUGUAACUCGACCCACUGUGACAGUGUUGGGCCAGUCACCUUGCCUCCACUGGGCCAGUACGCCUCCUACCUGAGCAGCAUGGCCGGCAGCAGACUGGACACGGGCCAGGGUCAGGUCCAGGUGAACAGCAGCGGGACAGGCCUCAAGUUGACUAUCGUUCCGUACCAGAAGUACCAGAAGAUCAGGGGCUUCGGUGGAGCUAUGACAGACGCAGCAGCCAUUAACAUCCUGUCACUUUCUGCCGGUGCACAGGACCAGCUGCUGCGACAGUACUUCUCCCCUGAAGGUAUCGGCUACAGCGUUGUGCGUGUGCCCAUGGCCAGCUGCGACUUCUCCACCCGUCUGUACACGUAUGCUGACACACCUGGAGACUACAACCUGGACAACUUCACCCUGGCUCAUGAGGACAUCAACAUGAAGAUCCCUCUCCUGCAGCGUGCUCAGGCCUUGUCUCCUCGCCCCCUGUCUCUGCUGGCCAGCGCCUGGAGUGCCCCCGUCUGGAUGAAAACUAACGGUGCUCUCAUAGGAAAGGGCUCCCUGAAGGGUCAGCCUGGGGGCAAGGAGCAUAAAACCUGGGCUCAAUACUAUAUCAGGUUCCUUGAGGAAUACGCUAAAUAUAACUUGACCUUCUGGGCUUUGACCACAGGGAAUGAGCCCUCUGCAGGACAGAUGACAAACUACAGUUUCCAGGCUCUUGGCUUCACUCCUGAGGAGCAGAGGGACUGGGUGGCUCUGGACCUCGGCCCUGCCCUGCACGCUUCUUCACACCCACGCACACACGUUCUCAUCCUGGAUGACAACCGCCUGCUGCUGCCUCACUGGGCUAAAGUGGUCCUAACUGAUGUUCACGCAGGCAGAUACAUUCACGGUGUGGCAGUUCACUGGUACCUUGACAGCUUCGUCCCAGCUGAGAUAAGCCUGGGAGUCACCCAUCACCUCUACCCAGAGUAUUACCUGUUUGGCACUGAGGCCUGCUCUGGCUGGAGCCCACUGGACAGAGGGGUGAAGCUGGGCAGCUGGGACAGGGCUGCCCAGUACGCACAUGACAUUAUAGAGGACUUAAAUCAUUAUGUGGUGGGCUGGACUGACUGGAACCUGGCCUUGGACCAGACUGGUGGGCCAAACUGGGUUAAAAACUUUGUGGACAGCCCUGUUAUAGUGGAUGCAAAGCGGGAUGUCUUCUACAAGCAGCCACACUUCUAUAGCAUGGCUCACUUCAGUAAGUUCCUGUGGGAGGGGUCUCAGAGAGUGGGUGUGUCCGCCAGCCAGGACACAAAGCUGGAAUAUUCUGCCUUCAUCAGAACAGACGGCUCAGUAGUGCUCAUCGUACUCAACAGGUCACCAUCAGUGAUUCAGUUUGAAGUCGGGGAUCCUGCUGUGGGCUACAUCUCCUCCACUGCUCCGGCUCAUUACUUGCUCACACUCGCUUGGAACACACGCUGAUGAUUAACGCUUCAGUUGGUAACUUUAAUCAUAAUAACUUAUUGUCAUAUUUGCUGAAAUUGACCCUUCGCUAAGUCCCACCCUCUGAAGCAGACUGGCCAAUAAUAACGUAGCAUGGGUCCGGCUCAGACCAGGAUCCAACAACAACACAGCUCCAUUGACUCUAAUGCAAUCGUUUCAGAUUUCCUUCAUUUUCAGGCUGGUUUUGUGGAUUUGGAGCUAAAUGUCGUGCCUGGGGCACGUCGUGUAUUAAUGA